ACCGUUGCGCGUGAGAAUUUUCUCGCAAGGUGCCACGCGCGAAAUUGCUCGCAUCGAAAAUCGAUACGCGGCGUUGGCAAUAGACGGAACGAAACGAGCGGUGUAAUAUAACGAUGAUCGCACGCGCGCGGUCGGGUCCUGAACAAGCGAUUUGAUGAAGCAAACAGAAGCCCGUAAUACUCACGCGCGACUAGCGCAUGAAAUAACGCACGUCAUGGCUUGUCGUACGCAUAUGCAACGUGUCAGAAUACUGUAUAAGACGAUCUUGAGGUUACAUCGCGGUCUACCGGCCGAGAUUCAAUCCCUAGGUGAUAAUUACGUUCGCGACGAGUUCAGAAGACACAAGAAGUGCGUCGAGAGUGAGGCGAUCAUUUUUCUCCACGAAUGGACUGAUUAUGCAGUCUCUCUCGCUGAACAGCUCGGAUUAAGGGGCCCUCAUACGGGGAAACCGCUCGGGAAAUAUCUAAAGGAGGAAGAUCUCGUAAAACUACGAGACGAGCAAGUGUGCCAAUUGUACGAAUUGAUGAUCGCUGCGACCGGAAAGACGGAAAAUAAUAUAAACGAAAAAACGUAGUUAUAUGGUAUAUGUAGAUUCGCGUGAAAUCAUUUUCUGAAGAUUGUAUAUCUAACAAUUUGACAUAAUUAUUAUUAACCCCAGAGCCUUUUGAGGAACUGUAUGUUCUACGAAUAAAGAUUAAUUAAGAAUAAUUUAUUGUACGAAUCGUGUCGUGGUUAGCAGAACUACUGUUUCUCAACAGUUACAUAUGUAGCAUGUAUUUUGCAGUAGGAUGAGAUAAUGCAAUAUAUGCAAUGUGUCGAGAUAA